AUGGAGCUUCUUGUCUUAUUUGCGGCAAUCAUAGCUACAACGUCUGCAGCUCUUCAGGGCUACAAUCUGCCCAACCCUAAAGGACCUGGGCUGCUUGCUGGUCACGGGCAUGAUGCAAGCGUUGGCCAUCCUAUUGCAGUAUCAGAACAUACCUCUAUUGGUCACUCAUCAGGACAAUCUACUUCCGUUCAUUCAGCAGGACUUCCAGACUUUACUGCUUUCGGUAGCAGUUCACUGACAUCUGGGAAUUCUGCUGGUUCCAUAUCACAAACUACACCUGGCAUUGUCUCAGGUUCUAACUUCGUUUCCGGAACUGCUGAAUUCGCGGUCUCUGGAAUUUCCACAGUUUCAGGAGCUUCCAUAGGUUCUGGAAUCUCCUCAGGAUCCGAAGUGUCCGUUAGCAAUGGUUUAAGCGGACAAAGAAUUUUCGAAACACCAUGCAAGGAAGGAGAAGUGAGACAUAUUGACGGAUCAUGCAUCGUCCCCGAAAUCACACGAAAAGUUUUCGUCGUCUCUGUUCCGAGACAGACACCGCAGCUAAGCGACUCACUUCCAGAUAUUCCGCCACCAAGAGUCGACCACAACAUUCUCUUUGUGCGUCUUCCCGAAGGAGGUGUUGGCCCUGCCCCUAUCGUUGUACCUCCACCAAGGCAAGACAACAUCGUCUAUGUCCUCAGUAAGAAGAGUCAGAAUGGACAGCGUGUCAUCGAAGUCCCAGCUCCUCCUCCUUCCGAGCCUGAAAUUUAUUUCGUCAACUACGAUGACGGAGAAAACCCGACCCUUCCCGGUGGUGUUGAUCUUCAAAGCGCUCUUGCUUCUGCACUUGAAGCUAAUGGCCAAGUAAUUGCUGAGGGUUUCGAAGAUGGACUCGCCGGACACGGAGGAAUCAGUGGUGCCGUUGACAUUGGAAAUGUUGAAGCGGGAUCCAUCAGGUGGCCUUUCCAGGGUUCCCAAGGGGGUCAAUCGAUUAGCCACGGUUCAACUUCAGCAGCAGGCUCAUUUACUACAGCUAGUAAUACUGGAUCCUUCCAGCCAGGUGGCAUCUCUACGGGUUCACAGUUAACAGUAACCACAACUGGUAAUGCCAAUCAGCCAUCUGAUUUGUACUCAACCCCGUAA